AUGCUUUGUCAUGAAUCAAUCUUCAUAUGGACUUUCAUCCUUACUAAAUGCUCUGAAGUUUUUGCUCAAGCAAAAUUCCAACACUUUCCAAAUUCUAGCAUAACUUCUACGUCUUACACUACACAAGUUAACCAAUCUUCAAUUUACAAUCCAAAAAGUGUACUAUUUGAAUCAUCAACAGAAUCUUCAUCGAUUUAUAGUGACGUCGAGACAACUAAUUAUCCGUCGCCGACGCUGAGCCCUCCUACUACUUCCUGGACUAAUAUUGGUACUACAAGACAUGAAAGCUCUACCAAUCCUCUUGCCGUCACUAACACGCCUCAAUGGUCUGGGAUACUCAGUGGCGGUACAUCCGACACAGUUCCGGUCAACAAUCCUACAUCUCAAUGGCCAGGCAAUGUCAUAAGCGUGACUUCUAUCUUCACAUCAACGCUUAAUUCCACUUUACGGUCUCAAAGUCUCAUUCCUUCAACAACUUUCGGACUCAACACAAACUUCGGUUAUCCCAUUGCGCCCACUAACUCGAGACAAUUGAUCAAUAAUCCAAACAAGACUACAUUAUCUUUUCAUCACCAAACGGUUUCUAGUUUCGGGCACAGUGAGACGGGAACUUUCAACAAUACUAUAUUCAACACAUCCGUCACACCUCCUGAAUUAGAUCCCGAGACGGAUCCGUGCAUUGCUCUUGAUUCCCCUGACGACGACUAUUAUGAAUUCAUUCUGGUACCCAACACAAAAACAAUUACACUUGCUAGCAAUGCAACAUACACCCCAAUACCAGAGUUUAAACCUCCAACUUAUUGUCUACCGGGGAUAUCACCAGCAUAUGAGCUACCAUCAUUUCCAUUUGGCAAUGAUACCGACCCGAAUCUGAUAGAGUCAAAUGAAACAAGUACAGGAGAAUAUCUAACACUGUCGCCAUUAGCGUCUCCCAGUUAUUCACAAAUAAGGACGACAACCGUUGUUGUUACAAGCAAGAAUCCACAGGUUGUUUUUGCCUCUUAUACUCCACCACAUUUCCCGGGAAUUCCAGUAACAAAAAUUGGCAAGCCAUCUACACCAACUUUUAACUCAACUUCUACACCAGACUCUUCGGGUAAAGCAGUAAGCCCCGAAUCAAACAGUGUAGAGAAUCCUGAUGCAGAAUCUAACGAUGAUAUUGGAUCACCUUCGUCUUCUAAAACUUCAGUGGUAGUCCUUGGAGUCCCAGUUAUCUUGACACCGAACAAUGUUAUUAUAAAUGGACAUACGAUUAAAAGACAAAAUUCACCUUUAACCAUUAAGCAGAAGGGACAUACAUUUACGGUUAAUCCAUCUCAAGUAAUAGGCCCAGGAACAACAUUGACAUUACCAAGUUCAUAUAGAACUAUCCAAUCCACCAAUCCAGGGGCAACGAGUAUGCAAUCGCAAUCAAAUCCAACUUCAGCUUCCAGGGUAGGUAGUCUGGGGAAAUCGCCAACUCCGACUACCAAUUCAGCAGAUCCAGGGUCGAAGAGUAUGCAACCACAACCAGAUCCAACUCAUUCUUCAGGGACAUUACCAGGCCUGACUGCCAAUUCAGGAGAUCCAGGGUCGAAGAGUAUGCAACCACAACCAGAUCCAACUCUCUUUUCAGGGACAUCACUAGGCCUGACUGCCAAUUCAGGAGGAGUCAGUAUCGAAAUAUCAGCAAUUUCAACUCUAGUAGAUAAUAUUUCGGUAAAACUAGGAGAAUCUGUUGCUGUCGUGAAUGGUAAGAGCUAUUCAAUAGGUUCAGGAGCUCCUCAAGUAGUGACUGUUAUAAACACCCAGACAAUCACGAUUGGUGUUGCUGGAAUCCAAUUUGCGCACACGACUCUGGCGCCUUUACUUGUUGAACCUACGAACCAUGUGAUUAUCGGUGGUGAGCCCAUAAGUGUUGGAAAUUCGUUGGCAUAUAUUGGGUCUUCAACGUUUACUUACGGAUCAGGAUUGGCCAUUCAAACUGAUGUAUUCAAUGGACAAACAAUAGUUAUCUACCCUAGUGGAGUGGUCUUUGCACAAACGACUUUAGGAGGUAACUCAAGAUCAGGAAAUCAAAUUGGAAUAGUUGGCGGCCUCUCGGUGAUGGAAGUAGGUUCAUCAAUCGUAAUUGUAUCCAGCAUUAUGUUCAAUAUUGGACCUGGUGCUACUCCUACCAAGACAGUGAUCAGUGGGGAAAGUAUAUCUGCAGAUCAGAGCGGCCUGAUACUUGCUGGUACAACUUUAACAUACCCUCUCAUUCUUGCGACACAUCCUGUCACAAUUUCAGAUGUCACAUUCACGCAAAUUGGAUCAAGUCUAGCAGUUAUAGAUGGAACAACCUUUACUUUUGGACCAGGAGUAACACCUACUAGCCAUACUUUCAAUCAACAAACUAUAGAAAUUGGAAGUAAUGGCGUUGAGUUCUCAAAGACCACAUUUACAGGUGUCUCUGAAUCUUCCUCGAUGCAGGAUAUCUAUACAAGUACAAGUAAAGGAUCAAAGUUCAAAACUACAGGCGAAGACUCAACAUACAUGUCUACCUCUACAACGACGACAUCUGGAGCGGUGACAUCCACAGAUCAAGAGAGCGACGCUGGGAGGAUCAAUGCUCCAUUUGAAAUAUACGGAUGCAUCACUCUUGGUCUCAUUAUGAUGAUGACUUAA